AUGACAUCAAAUAAAAUAAAUAAAGAAACUUUUUGUUUAAUUGAACAUAUUAAUAAAUUAGUUUUAGAUAAAAUUAAAGAACAAAACCAAAAAUCAAAUAACCAAGUAGUUAAAAGCAAAAAUCAAAUAUAUGAUCCAACUGCAUUGUCACCAUUUGCAUUUUAUCUAACCAAAGAGUUAACAGAAAUAAAAGGAAAUAGAGGAGAGCCAAAAACAUUAGAGCAAUUUGAUAAUCUUACCCUCGAAAUGAUUUUAUCAUGUGCUCCACGUUUAAGACCAUCAAAGAAUAUUAUUAAAUUAUUAUAG